AUGGCUCUCCGUCGUUCAGCCCAGCUGUUGCUUGCGGGCGCGAGGCAGGAUCUGGCCCCGUUGGUUUCGCUGAACAGGGGCUUCGCUGCACAGGCGGCCCGUAACGAUGAUGAUUACGAUAAGUUCGCGACAGAUGCGUCACGCAGCCACGUUACGUGGCCCAAAGUGCUCAACGCGCCUCUCGCUGAGGUGGACCCCGAGCUCGCUGACAUCAUCGAGCGGGAGAAGAACAGGCAGUACAAGCAGCAGGGAAUGGAUUCGGGGUCAGCGGCCAACUGCGGGACGCUGGAGGCGGCGGCGGCGACAGAAGUGGGGCCGCAAGGCGCGGAGGCCGCGGCGGCGGCCGCAGCUGCCCCGGGCACGCCGCCUGGGGCCGCCGCAACAGCCGCCGGCUCGGCCGGCGCGGGGAUUUUGCGGGGGCGGCGGAUCGCGGGGUCAUGGUCCCCCUCAACCAGGCCGCAGGGCGGGCGGCCAGUCGCGGCAGAGCUGGGAGCUGUGCGGCCGGCGCGGCCGGGCCCCGGGGUCACCCUGCCGUGCCGCGCGGGCGGCCGCGGCCCGCGGCGGUCACAGCGGGGCCUGGAGCUGAUUCCCAGCGAGAACUUCGUGUCGGCAUCAGUCAUGGAGGCGGUUGGCAGCGUGAUGACUAACAAGUACAGCGAGGGGUACCCCGGGGCGCGCUACUACGGCGGGAACGAGUUCAUCGACCAGGCUGAGCGGCUGUGCCAGAAGCGCGCCCUGGAGGCGUUCCGCCUGGACCCCGCCAAGUGGGGCGUCAACGUGCAGCCGCUCAGCGGCUCCCCCUCGAACUUCCAGGUGUACACCGCCCUGCUGCAGCCCCACGACCGCAUCAUGGCCCUCGACCUGCCCCACGGCGGCCACCUGUCCCACGGCUACCAGACCGACACCAAGAAGAUCUCAGCCACCUCCAUCUUCUUCGAGACCAUGCCGUACCGCCUGGACGAGAGCACCGGCCUCAUCGACUACGACACCAUGGAGAAGACGGCCGCGCUCUUCAGGCCCAAGCUGAUUGUGGCGGGCGCGAGCGCGGCGCUCGCGGACAAGAGCAAGGCGUGGCUGCUGGCUGACAUGGCGCACAUCAGCGGCCUGGUGGCUGCCGGCCUGGUGCCCAGCCCCUUUGACUACGCCGACAUCGUGACCACCACCACCCACAAGAGCCUGCGGGGCCCCAGGGGUGCCAUGAUCUUUUACAGGAAGGGCCCCCGCGGCGUGGACAAGAAGACUGGCAAGGAGAUCCUCUACGACAUCGAGGACAAGAUCAACUUUGCGGUGUUCCCCGGGCUGCAGGGCGGCCCCCACAACCACACCAUCAGCGGCCUGGCCUGCGCGCUGAAGCAGGCCGCCAGCCCCGAGUUUGUGGCAUACCAGAAGCAG